GGUCGAGCAGCCGCAGCCCGAGUCGGGAGGCUCUGGGCGGUGCGCCGGGCGCUGCCGGUGUUGCUGCUGCUGCGGACCACCAGCCGCCACCGGAGCCCUCACUGCCGCCGGGGCCCCGGAUGCCGUCUACACUGCGGUCGACUCUGCCGGAGAGUGCGCCCCAGCCUGGACGCCGCCCCCGGCCUGGUCUCCACUUCCUCGCCGCACCUUCCAUGACAGCUCCCGCUCGAAGAUGGCUGCGAAGGGCGCGUACAGCUCCCACCUGAAGGUGGAGAGCGAGAUGGAGCGCUGCCGCGCUGAGGGCCACUGGGACCGCAUGUUCGAGCUAGUCCGGCAUCUGCAGACGCUGGGCAUUUCCGGCGGCGGCGGUAGCAACCGGCGAAACAGCCCAAGCGGCAGGUUCAUCCCUUUGGACACGGAUGAUUUGGGGAAACUGCUGCUGGCGGAGGCUCUUCUGGAGCAGUGCUUGAAGGAUAACCAUGACAAAAUAAAAGACUCCAUUCCUUUGCUGGAGAAGAAUGAGCACAGGCUGAUGGAAGCCAGAGACCACCUGAGUAGCAUCCUUAACAACGGGAAGCUGCCGCCACAGUACAUGUGUGAGGCCAUGCUGAUCCUGGGCAAGCUGCAUUAUGUGGAGGGCUCCUACCGGGACGCCGUCAGCAUGUAUGCCCGGGCUGGGAUCGAUGACAUAUCCGUGGAGAGCAAGCCCCUGUACCAGAUGCGGUUGCUCUCAGAGGCGUUCGUCAUCAAAGGCCUCUCCCUGGACCGCCUGCCCAACUCCAUCGCCUCCCACAUCCGCCUGACUGAGCGGGAGGAGGAGGUGGUUGCCUGUUUUGAGAGGGCCUCCUGGGUGGCUCAGGUGUUCCUGCAGGAACUGGAGAAGACCUCAAACAACAGCGCAUCAAGACACCUGAAAGUCAGUCCCUCAGUUGACUAUGAACUCACUUACUUCUUGGAAGCCGCCCUCCAGAGCGCAUACGUGAAGAACCUGAAGAAAGGGAACAUCGUGAAAGGCAUGAGGGAGCUCCGGGAGAUUCUGAGGACAGUGGAGACCAAAGCAACACAAAACUUCAAAGUGAUGGCGGCCAGGCAUCUGGCAGGAGUCCUGUUGCAUUCGCUGAGUGAGGAAUGCUACUGGAGCCCCCUGUCCCACCCUCUGCCCGAGUUCAUGAGCAAGGAGGAAAAUUCUUUCGUCACCCAGACCCUUCGGAAACCUCACCUCUAUGAAGGAGACAACCUCUACUGCCCCAAAGACAACAUAGAGGAGGCCUUGCUGCUGCUGCUCAUCAGCGAGUCCAUGGCAACUCGGGACGUGGUGCUGAGCCGGGCCCCAGAGCAGGCUGAGGACCGGAAAGUGAGCUUGCAGAACGCUUCAGCCAUCUAUGACCUCCUGAGCAUCACACUCGGCAGGCGCGGCCAGUACGCCAUGCUCUCCGAGUGCCUAGAACGAGCCAUGAAGUGUGCAUUUGGAGAAUUUCACCUUUGGUACCAAGUGGCCCUCUCCAUGGUGGCUUGUGGGAAGUCAGCCUACGCCGUGUCGCUGCUACGUGAGUGCAUGAAGUUGCAGCCCUCGGACCCCACGGUACCCCUGAUGGCUGCCAAGGUCUGCAUUGGGUCCCUGCACUGGCUGGAAGAGGCAGAACACUUUGCCAUGGUGGUAAUUGGCCUUGGAGAGGAAGCAGGAGAGUUUCUGCCUAAAGGCUACUUGGCCCUGGGUCUCGCCUACAGCCUGCAGGCCACUGACGCCACCCUGAAGUCCAAGCAAGAUGAACUUCACCGCAAGGCACUGCAGACACUGGAGCGAGCCCAGGAGCUGGCACCCGAUGACCCCCAGAUCAUCUUCUACGUCUCCUUGCAGCUGGCCCUCGUGCGACAGAUCUCCAGCGCCAUGGCGCACCUGCAGGAGGCCCUGACAAUGUGCGGGGAUGACGCCAAUGCCCUCCACUUGCUCGCACUGCUCUUCUCUGCUCAGAAGCAUUAUCAGCAUGCCCUGGAUGUCAUCAACAUGGCCAUCACUGAGUACCCUGAGAAUUUCAACCUGAUGUUCACCAAAGUGAAACUGGAGCAGGUGCUAAAAGGCCCAGAGGAAGCCCUGGUAACCUGCAGGCAGAUGCUGCGACUCUGGCAGGCCCUGUACAACUUCUCUCAGCUGGGGGGCCUGGAAAGGGAUGGCAGCUUCGAAGGCCUCACAGUGAAGAAGCAGAAUGGCAUUCACCUGACUCUGCCAGAUGCCCAUGACGCAGACUCUGGCUCUCGACGGGCGUCAUCUAUCGCAGCCUCGAGGCUGGAGGAGGCCAUGUCGGAGCUAACCAUAACAACCUCAGUCCUAAAGCAGGGCCCAAUGCAGCUGUGGACUACCCUGGAACAGAUCUGGCUCCAGGCUGCUGAGCUGUUCAUGGAGCAGAGACACCUCAAGGAAGCCGGCUUCUGUAUCCAGGAGGCUGCUGGCCUCUUCCCCACCUCUCACUCGGUGCUCUACAUGCGGGGCCGGCUGGCUGAGGUGAAGGGCAACUUAGAAAAGGCCAAGCAGCUGUACAAGGAGGCACUCACGGUGAACCCAGAUGGUGUGUGCAUCAUGCACAGCCUGGGUCUGAUGCUGAGUCAGCUGGGCCACAAGAACCUGGCCCAGAAGAUGCUGCGGGAUGCUGUGGAGAGGCAAAGCACCUGCCAUGAGGCGUGGCAGGGCCUGGGUGAGGUGCUGCAGGACCAAGGCCAGAACGAGGCUGCUGUGGACUGCUUUCUCACUGCCCUGGAGCUGGAGGCCAGCAGCCCCGUGCUCCCCUUUUCCAUUAUCCCCAGAGAGCUCUGAGCCUCUGCAGCAGACACAGGCUGCCCAGUGUGGGCAGCAGGCAGAGGGCACGGAAGGACAGCUGCAUUCAGGCGCGGGGCCUCAGGGAAUAGAUGACUAGUGAACACUUCCACGGGCUGCGAUGGCCAGUUCGCCCCCACCCCUACCCCCCCUGCAGGGCCACCUGGGCCUGAGCUGGGUGGACAAGAUUUGCAUCCAAAGCAAAUGGCUUGCUCCCCAGAGGAAGUGGACACUGUUGCUGAGCAAAUGGGGCCCCUAUAGGUGAAAGGUGUGUCUCGGACACUAGUCCCGCCCUCAGCUUCCCUGACCCCUGGAUUUCCUGGUUUGGGGAUGAACCGAUCUUGAGCUGGUGUACCAUAGACAUGAGCUUGCCAGCUGCCCUCUAGCUGAGCCAGGCUUUUCCUGGAUGCUUUUCUCGGGGCUGUGGGAGAUGAACUGGCUCGAGUCUAAGCGGCUUUGCAGAGCUGUGACUAGGCAUGCUGAUAACCUCGGAUGCAUUGCCCUACCCAAUCUCAGGGCAGUGCAGGCUUGAAGCCUUGCCCGGGACAUUCACAGCUUGAGGUCCCAGACACAGGAGGACAGUGGGCUCCUUGGGGGGUUUCUCUCAGACUGAGUUAAUGCUGUUGAUGCCUGCUGUUUCCUCUUUGGAGAGGUUUCAUGUGUGCAUUCUCUGUACCAUCAAGUGCCUUUGGGCCUCAUGUCAGGUCAGGCCCCUAAACAUAGUCCCUACAUCUUUCAUUUCCCUGGAAACAUGCACCAGCCAGUAGGCGCCAUGGGCCCUGUGCCGGUGGCCUCUAGAGCAGGCCAUGGAAUAUAAAACAAGGUUCUGACCUAGCCAUUUUUAGUGCCUUAGUUGCACAGUCCUUAAAGGUUUUCCAUACAGUGCAGGUCUCUCUCAGGUGACAUCAAAGUGACCAUUUAUAGGACUCACCUCAGUACAUCUCAUCGGCCACGGCCCAGUUUUCAUCUUGGGCUUUGUUGAGUGACCUAAAGCUCCCCUGCCCAGAUCCCCACAGAGAUGGAGAAGGACCCAGACCUGCCUCACCUUUCUGUGCCCGUGUCAUCUGGACAGGGUCCAGGUCGCUGGGCAGAUGUCCCUCACUGGCUCUUCAGCCAUCCACUCUACUUUUGAAACUCCCCCUCAGACAGCCAUUCUCCCAAGGUCUAGCAGAGAGUUCCUUUCUGUCUGCCCCACACUCUGGUUGGAAGCUUUUUUCGGGUUCACCUUGUUUUCACGGAGAGCAGCCCCAGUUUACCAUGGCGGCCACAGCUU